AUGUUUCGCCAAGAAGUCGGUGUGACGUCUUUUAUUCCAUCUUGUUCAUAUCUUUUCCAACACGAGAAGAGGAAUAUGUCCAGGUAUAACAUAUACAGCCUGUUGGACUGGAUCUACGGCGGGGUGGAUCCGAAGUUCGAGGGCAACGGGGGGCCCGAGUGUGCCGCCUUCCUGGCGCCCCAGCAGCGCAUCAGCGAAAGUCUGGUCAUCGUCCUCGUCUCCCUAGUGGAGAUUUGCGUGGCGCUGAAGAAAAUAAACCUCUCCAAAGAGCUCAAAGUGGUCGCAAAGGACUGCACGAGGGCAAAGGAGGACAGUCUGAUGAAGAACUUGUUGCUGGUUGCCCUUUGCAUGACUUUUGGAGUGGAGGUUGGGUUCAAAUUCGCGACCAAGACCGUGAUAUAUCUGCUGAACCCCUGCCAUGUGAUGACCAUGGUGCAGAUCUUCUUGCUGGCCUGCCCGCCAUGUAAAACAGCAAUGGUUGUUUUUAGGCUGCAGGUCCACAUGUUGAACGGUGCGUUACUGGCUUUAAUGUUCCCUGUAGUCAACACUAGACUGCUUCCAUUUGAGAAGGAGAUCUACUACAUCCAGCACUCCAUGCUGUACCUGGUGCCUCUCUACCUUUUCAGGAAAGGAGGUGUGUACAAACCUGAACCUCUGGGGGACAUGUGGUGGGCGCUGCUUUCAAAUGGCAUCCUGUUCCUCUAUCACUUCCUCUUCCUGCAGGUCCUCGGCCUGGCAACUGAGGUCAACCUGAACAACAUGCUGUGCCCGGCCGUGUCCGACCCCUUUUACGGGCCUUGGUACCGGGUGUGGGCUACGGGCCACCAGACCCUGCUGACCCUCAUGCACGGAAAAGUCCUCACGCUCCUCUCGCAACACACAGGCUACGUCUGCAGAUGCCUGCUGGACACACUCCGACUGCGCAGCAAGAAAGUUGACUGAAUGUCCAUGAGGAUGCACACAGACCUAGCCUUUCAUUCUAAAUGCCUGCUCCUGUCAUGGAGAUUUUUAUUUUUCAUCAACAUUUUAAUGCAUCUUUUAAGACUUACCAUCUGUUUUACUGAAACGUGAGCAUUUCAGGGCCACUUAAACAAUGUAACAUUCUUUUAGUGUUGUAGUUGGCUUGCAUACAUACUUGCAUGCACAAACAUAAUAGGCAUUUUUAAGGCUGUAGUUAACAUUGUGGAGUUAGCCUUUUUUUUUGGAAUACAAUUUCCAAAAACAUGUAUGUGAAUUUGUGGACAAUUUCUCAAGAUGCCUUUAUGUAAAGUUUUAAGGACAGAAAAUAGGAGUCACAUAAAUGUCACUACUGGUCUGCAGUUGUUACACUUUCAGUUUUUUAUGUGGUAGUUAUGCUAGAUCAUAUCUUAGUGGGUUAAAGCUGCCAUUUUAUUUGUCUCAAGUGUGUUUUGAAACAGGUUGUGAAUGUGAGCUGUACUAGACGUUAUUGCUUGUUUAUAGUCUGAGACGUUUUGCUUGUCAUGUAUGUUCGCUUCUCUACGGAAGCCCUGAGAGGCGAGAGAGAGUGAGAAUAAUUUUUCUGGUGAUCCAUUUUCGAUUAAAUAUUUUUUAUCUCCUGUUUUUAUGUUAUGUUUUUGAGUUCCUUUUUUUUUUUUUUUUUUAAAUCGGUGAAAAAAAACGUUAUGGCAGGUGAAAAGUUUUUAUUAUAAUACUCAUUUUGGCCACAAGAGGCUCAGCACUACCUGAUUUUUGAAAUACUACUAAAAUCAUUGUUUUCUUCCAGUUGUUGCGUCUAUUAAAAUACCUUUUUUGUUAAAAGAAAGACAUGACCGUAAAGGUACAGUGUAAGUAUAUUGUGUUUAGAGCGCAUGCAGAAAUGAAAACUCACAUGCAGGUGAUCAGCAGGCAAGGUGAAUCCAAAUGUAAGGAAUUUAGAAUGAUCUGUUCUUAAGCCAUAAACACAGAUGAAAAUUUAGAUCAGACUUACGAAAUGGGUCCCCAGAAUGUUUUUCUCUCACUUGCCUCUCGGGACUUCCAUACCUCUCAGUGUUGUCACGACUGAAAAUAGAAACUUAUUUAUGGCGCCCCCACUUUACUACACAUGUACAGGGUAUGGAAGCAUUCUUGUAGGUGGCCUCUUUUGUGAUUCUGUCUCCAGCACGUUCAGAUCAUUCCAGUUGUGAUAAUCGGGGGACAUGAGGAUGUAGCGCUGAGAUUCAAAGUGACGAACUUAUGGAUCUACACUGGGAUAUUAUUACCUCUGCCAAGGAGGUUAUGUUAUUGUCUGUUAUUUUAUUGUGAUAUUGGACCACAUUCAGUGAGGCAUAAACUUGAGCGUGUCAUUGGGAUGAAUGUGAUGUUUGCCAAGAUAGAGUAAAUCUUGGCUAAAUAUGUAUCUGGCCUCAAACCAUGCAUCAUGACACUUGAAUAGCAUUUCUUGCUUGAUACUCAAAUUAAUCUUACAAGGCAUCCUAAAUUUACUCCACCAUUACAACUGUAAUGAGACUCAUUUUUGUAAAAAAAAAAAAAAAAACUCCACGUGAUGAUCUGCAUGAAGUCACUUUGGGUCAUUUACUGACUACCUAUUCGAAAGCAAGCUAGCUAAUUAAAUUAAGAUUGGAAUAUGUCAUGGUAUACCAUUUCAAGUGUUAGGGGUGUGUGUUUUACUGUAGCAUAUACUGUACUUCACUGUAAAGAAGGGAUAAAACAAACUUUUGUAUUUCUAUGGGUUCGAGUGUAUGUGCUGUAUUGACAAUAAAAAAAUGAUUUUAGUUGACCAAA